AUGGAGGCUACAAAUCUGGCUCUACCUCCACGAGAGUCUCUCAAGUCCCGAUCGGAUAAGGCUUUACAAUUAAACGCUAAACCGAACCAGGUGGGAACAGUACUACUAUACGGCGUACCGAUCGUCUCCUUAGUGAUCGAGGGUGUGGAGAGACUCUGUCUCGCGCAGAUCUCCAACACGCUACUCAAACAGUUCUCGUACAACGAGAUUCACAACCGUCGCGUCGCACUCGGUAUUACAUGCGUGCAGUGCACUCCAGUACAGCUGGAGAUACUGCGCCGAGCUGGUGCUAUGCCAGUGUCAUCACGACGAUGUGGAAUGAUAACACGGCGCGAGGCGGAACGUCUCUGCAAAUCAUUUCUGGGGGAUAACGCUCCACCAAGGUUACCAGAUGACUUCGCGUUUGCUGUCCACCAUGAAUGUGCUUGGGGCUGUAGAGGUGCUUUUCUACCCGCCAGAUACAAUUCGUCGCGUGCUAAAUGCAUCAAGUGCGCCUACUGCGGACUGUUCUUCUCUCCCAACAAGUUCAUCUUUCACUCGCAUCGCGUGGGCCCUGGAGAUAAGUAUGUCCAGCCUGACGCUGCUAACUUCAACUCCUGGCGUCGACAUAUGAAGCUUAGUGGAAGCCCGCCCGAUGAAGUGGUCCACGCAUGGGAAGAUGUGAAAGCGAUGUUCAACGGUGGGACUCGGAAGAGAAUGUUAUCCGCGGCUAGGUAA